UCGGCUGUCGCCGCGGUACCCGCUCGCCUGGUGUCGAAUGCGCCCGGGUGUCCGGGAAGUGGCCGAGGCGGCGGCGGCCGGAUCCGAGGCCGGAUUGCGGACAGCCUCUGCUUGGCGUCGCCCCCUCUUCCGCGCGCUCCCCCGCGGUGCCAGCGCCGGGGACUUUCUUGGUGACCACAAGCCAUCUGCUCCUGGCGGCGAGCCUGCCUCCGAAACUUACAAAGAAAGUGUUGCUUUUCCGCCCUCCUUGGAACUGAGGAAUCCCGGACCCCCGCUGGGCAGCUGGCGGAAUUUAGCCCGCCCCUCCCCUCGGUACCAAAGUGCUUACUACUCUCCAAAGUGCCAUGCCUCAACUCGUAAUGGGAAGAACCGGCUCCUAAAACGUGCCCGCACCUUGGCACCUGCCAUCCGCUCCCGCUGAUCGGCGCCUUCCCAGCCGGACCGAUGUCCUCCACGGAAACUCGCUCGCCAAGGCUGGGGAGCUGAGGCUGGGUUUGGGGAAGGAAAACUCGACUCGGAGGCGUGUUCUCCUCCUUCUGCUCCUCGUGGUCUCCAGCCGCGCUCCGCUCAGCCCCCUCUCCUCCCAACCCCACCCCACCCCACUUCCUGUGCUCGCUGGGGAGUGCGCAGAGCCUCGGCCGAGUUCUGGGAAGUUGUGUCUGUCGAGGAUGGGGGUCUGUGGGUACCUGUUCCUGCCCUGGAAGUGCCUCGUGGUCGUGUCUCUCAGGCUGCUGUUCCUUGUACCCACAGGAGUGCCCGUGCGCAGCGGCGAUGCCACCUUCCCCAAAGCUAUGGACAACGUGACGGUCCGGCAAGGGGAGAGCGCCACCCUCAGGUGCACAAUUGACAACCGAGUCACCCGGGUGGCCUGGCUAAACCGCAGCACAAUCCUAUAUGCCGGAAAUGAUAAGUGGUGUCUGGACCCCCGUGUGGUCCUGCUGAGCAACACUCAGACCCAGUACAGCAUCGAGAUCCAAAAUGUGGAUGUGUAUGACGAGGGCCCUUACACCUGCUCUGUGCAGACAGACAACCACCCAAAGACCUCCCGAGUUCACCUCAUCGUACAAGUAUCUCCCAAAAUUGUAGAAAUUUCUUCAGAUAUCUCCAUUAAUGAAGGGAACAACAUCAGCCUCACCUGCAUAGCAACGGGUAGACCAGAGCCUACAGUUACCUGGAGACACAUCUCCCCCAAAGCAGUGGGCUUUGUUAGUGAGGAUGAAUACUUGGAAAUACAGGGCAUCACUCGGGAGCAGUCGGGGGACUAUGAAUGCAGUGCCUCCAAUGACGUGUCUGCACCAGUGGUCCGGAGAGUCAAGGUCACCGUCAACUAUCCACCCUACAUUUCGGAAGCUAAGGGCACAGGUGUCCCUGUGGGCCAAAAGGGGACCCUGCAGUGUGAAGCUUCAGCAGUUCCUUCGGCAGAAUUCCAGUGGUACAAAGAUGAUAAAAGGCUGAUUGAAGGAAAGAAGGGGGUCAAAGUGGAAAAUAGACCCUUCCUCUCAAAGCUCAUCUUCUACAACGUCUCUGAGCACGACUAUGGAAACUACACCUGUGUGGCGGCCAAUAAGUUGGGCUACACGAAUGCCAGCAUCACACUGUUUGGCCCUGGCGCCGUCAGUGAGGUGAACAAUGGCACGUCGAGAAGGGCCGGAUGCACCUGGCUGUUACCUCUUCUGAUCUUGCACUUACUCCUGAAAUUUUGAUGUGAGUGUCACUCCCCACUGGGAAAAGCUGCCACCACUCUUACCACCAACACAGCAGCAUCGGCAACACCAACAGCAGGAAGAACGUCCCCUUUUAAAUAUGACGUAAUCCAAUGAAAUUCCGAGAAACAACGCCCAAUGGGACACAAAUUUGAGGGAGGGCACAAAGAAUACUUUGGGAAACACAGUUUAACGAGAAAUUGAAAAUCGCCUUUCAGAUAUUUAGGUACCGAUGAAUUUUCGUUCUUUCCCCACCUUGGAAGAAGGCACACCCAGCUCUGGACCCAUCCACAAGCAUCCUUCUGUGACCUCUUCGAGGCCAGGCUGGGCAAGGGCUCCAUCACUCUGCCCACACAAGUCCCCCACCAUGGAAAACUCCAGAACCAGCCAUCCCAAAUUCAGCCAAUCAAAAGAGGUGACGAGAUCCUAUGUGCAGGCUCAAAUGUGCCACUUGCAGUUCUUUCAUGGACUGUGCCACCAUUGUUUCUGUUAUGAAAUGCAACAUCUUAAAAACACAAAGAAAACGAAACAAGACAAGGCAGCCUGACAGCAACACCAAUCCCACAGACAACAAAUACAAAAGAUAAUGUUAAACUUUUUCCCCCCUCUCAUUUUACUACAUGGAUAUCAUGGAUAAUAAGGGAUUCUGAUUCAUUAUUAAUUUUAUUAAUUAUAUUUUCUGAUAGAAGUCUAGAACUUAGUGCAACUCUAAGACAAAACUAAAAAAAUACACAAAAGAAAGGGGUGAAGAGAAGUAUGUGUGUUAAACAUUAAACAUGGAUAGUGUACUUCUUACCUAGGUUUACAACUGGUGGACCACAACACCGGGCAUUAACCCCCCGGGGAUUGGGCAUAGCCACCAAAAAUAUCUGUAUGAUUUAACCGACAUCUCCACCAGCGCUCCAGAUUUCUCCUUACUCUGGCAUUUAAUGCAGACAAUACUAUGCUAUCUACAUACUGUUUAGAAUUGGAACGAGUGAUCCACACUGUAUCUUCAGUUUGUUGCCUAUGCUUCUUUUGAUGACAUAUAUUAUACAGUAUAUAUAUGCAUAUAUUUUUUGUUGUUAGAAUUCUAGCCAUUUUCUUUCUCAGCGGGGCCCUUUCUCAGACAUUACUGCAUGCUGUAUAUGGCGUUAGCUGAGUGUUGGUCUCUAAAAGAUGAUAGAGUUUACUGGUAAUUGUGUAAUCAGCUCCUGCCUUUUAAUUUUCUUGGGUUAUUUACACGUCAGAGACAUUUAUAUAAAGUGAAAGAAAAAAAAACACAAAAACAAGAAGAAGAAGAAGAAAACUAAUACAAGGCGCAGCAUCUCUUUCAAGGUGUGGCUCUUUGAAAGUGAAGGUCACCACAGGUGGUCCCUCCACCCUCCUGCCUUGAGGCAUUAACAAGCUGUAAGCAACUGAACAACUAAACAAUCAGUAACCACUUGCUUUAGCCCCGUAUGGGAAUCUCUGAUGCCUUUGUGACCACUGGAGAAUUUAAUCCUCUUAGUUGAUUUUAUUUAAUUUUCCACCUUUGUGUGCGUGUGUAUGAAAGAAAAGAACAUGCAAUUUUUAGGUAACUGUUUCUUCCUCCACAGAAGUCUGAGAACCAGGCUCCUGGAUGUGAUGAGGGAAAGUGGAAUUGGGGGAGACGGGAGGGAGGGGUUGUCUCUGACUUGACAUUAAAAAGUGUUCCUUGUCCCUCUUCA